CUAGACGGUUUGCCAUACUAUGGUAAUAGCGGGGUCACGCACCUACUUCCGGUUCCAGUCUCUCACGACCCUUCUUUCACGCGCCCAUUGGCUCCGUUUACGUACAACGUCAUUGAAUCUGAAUGUGCGCGCGGGAGCUUCACACCGAGGAGUUUGAGGAAAACAAGAAAACUGCAAGAAGCUCUCUGGCUUAGCUUUCAGUAUUAACCGUCAAACAAUCAGCAAGCCGAGCGGAGCCGAUCUGGUUCUCCUUGGAUCAUGGCGAUGAGGAGCGAGGCCAGAGUGGAGGUGGAGGAGGAGGAAAACUACGGGCCACAGCCUCUAUCCAGAUUGGAGCAAUGCGGAAUCAGUGCCAGUGACAUCAAAAAGCUGGAGGAUGCAGGAUUCCACACCAUUGAAGCAGUGGCCUACGCUCCCAAGAAGGAGCUGCUCAACAUCAAGGGCAUCAGUGAGGCCAAGGCUGACAAGAUCCUGACUGAAGCUGCCAAACUGGUGCCAAUGGGCUUCACCACAGCUACUGAGUUCCAUCAGAGGAGAGCUGAGAUCAUCCAGAUCUCUACAGGCUCCAAGGAGCUGGACAAACUCCUGCAGGGUGGGAUUGAGACGGGUUCCAUCACAGAGAUGUUUGGAGAGUUUCGGACGGGGAAAACCCAGCUGUGCCACACACUCGCCGUCACCUGCCAGCUACCCAUCGAUCAGGGAGGCGGAGAAGGCAAAGCCAUGUACAUCGACACAGAAGGAACCUUCAGACCAGAGAGACUGCUCGCUGUUGCCGAGAGGUAUGGGCUGGUAGGCAGUGACGUUUUGGAUAACGUGGCCUAUGCCCGAGCCUUCAACACAGACCACCAGACUCAGCUGCUCUAUCAAGCUUCUGCAAUGAUGGCGGAGUCCAGGUAUGCUCUGCUGAUAGUAGACAGUGCCACAGCUCUGUACAGAACCGACUACUCGGGCAGAGGAGAGCUGUCAGCCAGGCAGGGACACCUGGGCCGUUUCCUGCGUAUGCUGCUCAGGCUGGCGGACGAGUUUGGCGUUGCUGUGGUGAUAACCAACCAAGUGGUAGCACAAGUGGAUGGAGCAGCCAUGUUUUCUGCAGAUCCUAAGAAACCAAUCGGCGGCAACAUUCUGGCCCACGCCUCCACCACACGCCUGUACCUGAGGAAGGGCAGAGGAGAAACAAGGAUCUGUAAAAUCUAUGACUCUCCCUGCUUGCCUGAGGCUGAAGCCAUGUUUGCCAUCAACGCUGACGGAGUGGGCGAUGCCAAGGACUGAAGCAGCAGGAUGUGAGGCGCACCUGCUGGAUCUGCGUGUGUUUGUCUCGUCACACUGUCACGUUUUAUUUAAUUGUUUGAUAAAGACGAUCUAGACAGUCUGUGGCGACAGACGCAUAACUGUAUAUAUCUAUAAAACGUAGGCUGCUCCUGAUCUGAUGGGACAUUUUUAUUCUAUAACUGCAUCAACAUGAAGCUGACUAAAGAUAAGUCAUGAAUAAAGAGUUGGAUGCAGGAGAGGUCAGCAGUCAUUCCAUGUAAAGUAUUUCAAGUAGAUUUUCUUUCUUCAUUUCAGAUUUAGCUAAUGUGUUGCCAUAAAUGGAAAAAGAACUUUAUUAAACAGUAUCUGCAUUUCACACAGUGCA